AUGGACCUGACGGAGCUGGUAGAGACGCUGGAACGUGAGCUCGAGCGGGACCCGGAACUCGCCAUCAAGGACAAGACCACGAUUCGACAACUGCUCGAGGACUUUCCAGUCAACAUGAACGAGCUGCAGCACUUUGCUCACUUUGAUCCGUCGCGCAACUACACGCGCAACCUCAUCUCAACGGAUAACGAGUCGUACGCCCUCAUGCUGCUGUGCUGGAACCCCGGCAAGUACAGUCCCGUGCAUGACCACCCGUCGGACGGCUGCUGGGUCAAGGUCAUUCAAGGGUGCGUGAACGAAGUGCGCUACGUGAAGCAGGACGGCAGACUCGUUGAGACGUUCAACGAGCACUUUACAUCGGGUGUCACCUACAUGGACGACUCGUUUGGACUGCACAAAGUGGGCAACCCACAUGCUGAGAUUGGUGCGAUUUCAAUGCAUCUGUAUGCACCGCCGUACGAGAAAUGCCGCGUCUGGCUCGACACAGAAGACGCCAGCAAGUCGUCGGUAUCGGUGCCCAACUACUACACUGAGUACGGUGAGAAGAUCGAAUACGCGUAG